AUGGGCUGUGGGACCAGCAAAGUGCUUCCCGAGCCCCCCAAAGACGUGCAGCUGGACCUGGUGAAGAAAGUCGAGCCUUACACGGGCUACAAUGACAUCUACAAGCACUUCAUCCGGGGGGACUGUGGGGCUGUCAUCAAGGCUGGCUCUCCCUCCCCUCCCCGCCAGGCCAACCCUUCUCCUGGGAACCCCCUCCCUGCCCAGCUGGAGCAGCCCGAGCCCCGCAAGAACAAGGUGGCCAAGUACCGCGCCAAGUUCGACCCCCGCGUGACGGCCAAGUACGACAUCAAGGCUCUGAUCGGGAGAGGCAGCUUCAGCAGGGUGGUGAGGGUGGAGCACAAGGCCACCAAGCAGCCCUACGCCAUCAAGAUGAUCGAGACCAAGUACCGGGAGGCGCGGGAGGUGUGCGAGCAGGAGCUGAGCGUGCUGAGGCGCGUCAGGCACACCAACAUCAUCCAGCUGAUCGAGGUCUUCGAGACCCAGGACCGCGUCUACAUGGUGAUGGAGUUGGCCACCGGGGGGGAGCUCUUCGAUCGGAUCAUUGCCAAGGGGUCCUUCACUGAGAGGGAUGCCACCAGGGUGCUGCAGAUGGUGCUGGAUGGGGUGAAGUACUUGCACACAUUGGGGAUCACCCACCGGGAUCUGAAGCCGGAGAACCUGCUGUACUAUCACCCGGGCACCGACUCCAAGAUCAUGAUCACGGACUUCGGGCUGGCGAGCGCCCGGAAGAAGGGAGAUGAUUGCCUGAUGAAAACCACCUGUGGGACCCCGGAGUACAUCGCCCCCGAGAUCCUGGUCAGGAAGCCAUACACUAACUAUGUGGAGAUGUGGUCCCUGGGUUUGAUCUCCUACAUCCUGCUGAGCGGCACCAUGCCCUUUGAGGACGACAACCGCACCCGCCUGUACCGCCAGAUCCUGAAAGGAAAGUACAGCUACUCAGGAGAGCCCUGGCCCAGCGUGUCCAACCUGGCCAAGGACUUCAUCGACCGCCUGCUCACGGUGGACCCCGGCGACAGGAUGACGGCCCUGCAGGCCCUCAAGCACCCCUGGGUGGUCAGCAUGGCAGCCUCCUCCUCCAUGAAGAACCUCCACCGCUCCAUCUCCCAGAACCUCCUCAAGAGGGCCUCCUCCCGCUGCCAGAGCACCAAGUCUGCCCAGUCCACCCGCUCCAGCCGCUCCACCAAGUCCAACAAGUCGCGGCGGGUGCGGGAGCGGGAGCUGCGGGAGCUGCACCUGCGCUACCAGCAGCAGUACACGGGCUGA